AUGCCAUCCACAGCGCCCGUCAUCUACCGGCCGGACCUUCCUUUCGUGAACCGGACCGGCCAGUUCAAGGAGAAGAUGCCGACGGGCACCCCACGAUCGCGUGCUCGUGGGCGGCAGCCACCGCACCACUACUACAACUUCACCAACAUCAAGUUCCCCACCGACCUAAGCCUCAAGGCCUUCUCGCCGUACUACCUCGACGUCUCCAAGGACCUCCGUCCAUUCAUGGUCGAUCCAUCGCCCAAAGGAGGGCCGACAACUGUGACGUACGGGGGUUCUCUGGACCUACUGUGUAGGAUCCCCGCCCGCUCCGUGGUGUCGGUCACAAUGGUAGCGCCGUCGUUCACGAUGCACUCGUUUACACAGAACCAGCGACAACUGUUCCUCCAGGUGCAGGUGAACAAGGCACGGCUCGAGGCACCUCCUGGCGUACGGGUGCCGGAUGAUGCCUACGUGGCUUUCGUGACGAUGCCGUCGACGGCAGUGUUGGCACCACCGGGGUACUACAUGUUGUUCGUCAUCAAUGGGUGCAUUCGCAGCGAGGGGAUCUGGGUACACAUACAGUGA